AGAGCCGGCCCCGCCGCCGGACCAUGAAGCAGUCCUUGCAGCGCCUCUUCAGCGACGUUUUGCUCUUCAGCCCCGCGACGAGCGGCGGCAGCAGCCCGGCAGGAGACGGGAGUGCCAGCAGGGCGCGGGGGGCGGCCGCCCCGCACCACGGCGACAGGGCCCGGCUCAGCGGCGCGGGCAGCGGCACCGCCCGCCACCACGGCGCCAGGGAACUGAAGGGCGAGCGGCCCAGAGGCCCGGCGGCCGCCCUGGCCAGGAGAGACAGCAUGUCCUGUGGGGACAGAGCACUGUGAGGACACCCGCCCCACGCCACAACCCGCCCUGUGCCUCCCGCCGCCCCAGCCCCUACCGGAAGGCACUGAGCACUGACCGACACCACCGCCGCUCCCCUCCGCAGGCCGCCGCUCGCCGCCUCAGCCGGCCCCGCGCAUGCGCACACGCCGUGACCUGGCAGAAGGGCACGGAAGCCAGCGGCGGGGUGGAUCACGUGUCCGGCUCAAGAUGGCGGCGUCCGGCGCGACCUUCCGGAGCCUGCUGUCGCUGCGCCGGUCGCUGCCGGUGGCGGCCGCCGCUCGGCCCUACGGUGUGCGGGCCUCCGGGACCGGCGAGCUGGUGACGCACACCGGGCAGGUAUAUGAUGAAAAGGAUUAUAGAAGAGUUAGAUUUGUUGGACGACAAAAGGAGGUGAACAAGAAUUUUGCGAUUGAUCUGAUAGCAGAGCAGCCUGUGAGUGAAGUUGAAAGCAGAGUGAUAUCAUGCGAUGGUGGUGGUGGAGCUUUAGGACAUCCUAAAGUGUACAUAAACUUGGACAAAGAUACAAAGACCGGAACAUGUGGCUACUGCGGACUUCAGUUUAAACAGAAACAUCACUGAAAGAUUGUCCCUGCAUGCUUGCAGAUUUCUGUUCAGAUGUUAACGUUUAACUAUAAAUAAACAAUAUAUAUUUAGAAACCCAA